AUGCCUAUUAAACCAGCGAAGCUCUCUCCAGCUGCCUUUGCGCAAGCUCAGCUAUCCCUACUUAACACAGAGCAGUCAGCAGAGGUUGCCGAAACAACGCUUCUGCUGUCCGAGGCCUCACCAACUGCUCUUGCUCGAGCUGGCUUAGCCAUUCUAAAUCUCAAUCCUGUGUCACAGCGGACUGGUCUGGGUGGAAAGACGAUACUUGAGCUUGGUCUUGACCCUGCUGUCGCCUCGGCGGAGAGAGGCGGGUCAGAUCUUCCGGAACAUGGUAUCCGCACCGGAGAUAUAGUGAGACUGGGCGAGCAGCCGGGUGGUGGGGCGAAAAAGAAGGAGAAAGCUGAGAUGAAAGGCAACGGAGUCGAAGGCGUGGUUACGAGGGUCGGCGAGAGAGCUGUGUGGGUCGCACUGGGCAAGGGCUCAGGCGGCGACGAGGAUGUUGAUAUCCCGAGCGGAAAGCUAUGGCUAGUCAAGGUGGCCAACGAUGUUACUUACAAGAGGACCUCUGAGGCGGCAGUAAUUGUACAAGAUGUGAGAAAGGAAAUGGACGACAAGCAAGCUAGCAUCAAGAAGACCAGAAAUGGAAGAGAAAGGAGAGCGAUCUAUGCCGACCUGAAAGGACUGCGGAAGGAGUAUCGAGAGCGAGAAGGAAAAUGUGUCAACGACUUGCUGACAGCGAGCAGGGUGGUACUGGCAACUCUGCAUGGUGCAGGAGGGUUUCAGCUUCGCACUCAGCAAUUUGAUGUGGUAGUCAUUGAUGAGGCCAGUCAAGCGCUGGAGGCACAGUGCUGGAUUCCCCUACUGAGCGCUAGGAAAGCGGUGCUAGCAGGAGACCAUCUCCAACUUCCACCGACGGUCAAAAGCUUGAACAUUAAGACGAAGUCAGUGGCUAAGACUGUAGGAACUGCGCUUGAUGAACGGCUGCAAGGACUGGGGUUGAAUGACCAGGACAAGGAGACCGCUCGGUCAAUGAGACUUGAGACCACAAUGUUUGACCGCUUGCUGAGCCUCCACGGACCUUCCAUCAAAACACUGCUGACAACACAGUACCGCAUGAAUGAGAAGAUAAUGCGGUUCCCAUCGAAUGAGCUUUACGAAGCAAAGCUUGUGGCUGCUGAUAGUGUCAAAGAAAGGUUGUUGAAAGACUUGCCUUACGAGGUUCAGGAUACGGAAGAUACUAGGGAACCGCUAGUCUUUUAUGACACACAAGGCGGAGACUUUCCAGAGAGGAUGGAGGACCACCUGGUCGCAGAGAGAUCAACCAUGCUUGGAGACAGCAAAAGCAACGAGAUGGAAGCCGCGGUUGUGCAGAUGCAUGUCGGCAAUUUGAUCGAUGCGGGCGUCAGAGCAGAAGACAUUGCGGUCAUUACCCCGUACAAUGCUCAGUUGGCCUCUUUGAGCUCGCUAUUGAAGGAGCGUUAUCCAGGAAUUGAGCUCGGGAGCGUUGACGGGUUUCAAGGAAGGGAGAAAGAGGCGGUCAUCGUGAGUCUGGUAAGGAGUAAUCCCGAAAAAGAAGUCGGUUUCUUGGGAGAAAAGAGAAGAUUAAAUGGUGAGCAUAUGGUGUGUGAACAUUUUGCUAUGAUUGACAAUCCUUUCAGUGGCAAUGACCAGACCAAGAAGACAUCUUUGCGUAAUCGGAGAUUCCGAGACUGUCAGCCGGUAAGUAAAGCCAACAUCAGCGUGGAUGCCGAAGCUCUGGCUGAUCAUGGGCUUCGCAUGCUCUCGCAGUGGUAG